UGUGCGUGUGUGUGUGCGUGUGUGUGUGUGUGUGUGUGCGUGUGUGCGCGUGUGUGUGUGUGCGUGCGUGCGUGCGUCUGUGCGUGUGCGUGUGCGUGCACGUGCGCGUGCGCGUGCGUGUGUGUGUGUGUGUGUGUGUGUAUCAGGGUAAGAUCUGUUCAUAAUCUAGUGACAACAACAAGGACUACAGUUUUUUCUUACAGAUGUUUAUGUAGGGGAUAAAUGUUUAGUUUUGUUAAAAUCUUAUCCUACUUGUUACUGGACAUACCAAACACUUCCGAUUCGAAUGAAUUUUACUUGAUGUACUAUAAAAAAUAAACACUAUAGGGGAAAUAUAUUGGAAAAAAUUUAAGUUUCAUGGAAAACUGGGAAAUAGAUGUUCUUUUAAAAGGACGAUAGCAACAUGUACUACCAUGAAUGAGCGUAAAGGACGCCUCUCUAUAACAAAUGUUGAUUCAAAUUAAAACUCAAGUAUAUUAUUAAACAGUUUUAUUUAGAAGUAUGAAAAUUUUCAAAACAAAACUUAGGGGGCAAAGUUACGACACAUUUUGGGCAUAUGAAAUUUGCUUUUUUAUGGCAUUCGAUACACCGAAGCUGAGUAUCUCUGUAACGUAUUAUAUUAUAUGAUCUUUCCCGUCAAAGCGUGAACAAUCACGGAACAUUUGGGAUGUUCGUGUAUCUCUCCGUUUUAUUUUUUUUAUAAAUUUCAAGAAAAGCUGAUGCUAAAUAUCUGCGAACAUUCAGAAAGUCGUAUGCGUAGCCAUGUCUAGUGCGUGACAACUCUAUAUCGGACUGACUGAUCUGAUUGGACCUAUCGACGCCGUCCAUAUUCUCAUUAUACUUCUCUAUUACAGUUGGCAUCUACUAGUGUGUACUUUUUUUGUUGCUGUGAAAAUCUCUUUACUUUUGCCAAAGGUUCUAUUGUUACUGCAUUAGAUGCAACUGUAACAACGCUGUUAGCAUGCCACUUGCAAACUACUAUUUGUUUAUUUCGGGUUGACUGAUAUUGGAAUGUUCCCCGAGGGGACUUCUGUAGUGCCUCGUUUUGCCACACGAUUUUCACGCACAGGUCCAGUGGCUUGAAAUCCUCGAACUCGUAAUUCAUCAAUCUUCAACCACAUAUCUUCUGAUUCCACGCGUCUCCGUUUUGAAAGUUGGAUUAGUGGUACAUCCUUGUAAUCACUGGAGUCUCUUUCCGAUCCAAAACAAACCAUCCGGGUAAAUUGUUCAAAUUCACUUGGUUUUCAUCCCCAGAGCAUUGCAGUUUUUGGGAGGCAAAAUAAUGAUAGACUUAAAUUAAGAAACUAUUAUCUCAUAUGUAUUGAUUAUAUCUCAGUAAAUGACAUUCGAUAGCGAGAAAGUUAAGGAAAAUGUAUGGAGUAAUUGUAUAAUUUGUAUAGUUAUAGUACCUCUACCGGUCACCUAAAGAAUUAAAAAUGUUAACUGGUACCAAUUGACUAUGAGUUUCGCUAACGUUAAUUUGGAGAUGUGGCUAAUUUCACAUCAAACGAAGCACUCUCGUUCUAACUUUACCGAAAAGACUGGGUAGGUACGCACAACAAACAGGAAAACGUUAUUAUUUAAAUAUUUACCCUAUUAAUUUAAAGCGCUAAUUUAAAUUGUCACUUUAUUACGGACUUAACCUACAUAAAGAUUUGACGUAGCCAUAGUUACGAAAAUAAUAAACACGCCAAACGUCAGUAGAAACAAGUAAACAAUGCUUUAUUCAAAGAAAUGCAAAAUAUAUACGAUGAAUAUGUGAAAUAUCAUUAAUUAUCGUGUUAAGAUUGUAAUUGUGCUUGUUAAAAAGUAUGAAACAAAUUAUACAGCUCGAUCUAGAGGCUACUGACGCUAUUAUACUGUUGGCUAAUGGCUACGCUAUAAUAUAAGUUAUGAUUACGUUGAAAAUAAGUAGUACACACAGAUUCUGAACCACCAACAAAAGUUUUUCAAGAUAGUUUUGAAUUCCUGUUUCCAAACUGAAACAUGAAUGGACCUGAAAGCGAAGUAAAAGAAGACGUACCUAGCAUAUCAUUUUUCACAUUGUAUCGAUUCGCGACCACAAAAGACAAAAUCUUCAUAUUUCUGGCGAUAAUAUGUUCCAUGCUGGCCGGAACCACGACGCCGUUCAACACAUUGCUGUUCUCUUCCUUGCUCCAAAGCAUGGUAGACUACGGUAUUUCAGUAAUGAUGGGUGCCCCUGAUGACGACGCUUUCCUCAAAGCGAUUAGGAACUUUGCUAUAUACAACUGUUCUUUGGGCGUGGCACUUGUGAUCCUGUCCUAUGCUGCUACAGUUCUAAUGAACAUAGCCGCUUAUAAUCAGAUCUACAAAAUGCGACAGGAAUACUUGAAAGCAGCAUUAAAUCAAGAUUUUGAAUAUUUCGAUACUCAUCAAACCGGGGAUUUUGCUUUUAAAAUGUCUGACGAUGUAGUAAAAGUGGAAGACGGUAUGGGGGAGAAAUUGGCCACAUUUAUAUUCUUCCAAUCAGCUUUCAUUAGUUCGAUAACUAUGGCUUUAAUAAAGGGUUGGAAACUAGCACUGCUGUGUUUGAUAUCCUUUCCAGUGACGCUGUUUCUCGUUGGACUUGCCGGAUUGAUAGCUUCUAAACUAUCAAAGGAGGAAGCUAAAGCAUCUGGCAAAGCGGGAUCUAUAGCCGAAGAAGUCAUUAGCGCAGUCCGCACGGUUUACGCGUUUAGUGGACAGCAAAAAGAAAUAGAAAGAUAUCAAGGGCACUUACAAGACGUAAGAAGAAUAAAUAUUAAGAAAGGGUUAUUCAACGGCAUGGCAAUGGGAACACUGUUCUUCUGCAUUUUCUGCGCAUAUGCUCUAUCGUUUUGGUUCGGUUACAAACUUCUUUCGGACCCAGAGGAGAACUACGAUGUGGAAACUAUGAUAGCUGUAUUUUUCGGAGUCAUGAUGGGAUCAGCUAAUUUCGGCAUAUCAUCAACUCUGAUGGAAGUGUUCGGGAUAGCAAAGGGUGCAGGCGCGCAAAUCUUCUUUGUGAUCGACAACGUGCCUUCGAUCAACCCACUACUGAACCGCGGUGUCACCCCCAGUUCCAUUGAGGGCAACAUCGAGUUGAAGAACGUCUUCUUCCACUAUCCUUCUAGACCUGAUGUCCCAGUGCUGAAGGGGGUAGACCUCAGAGUAAAAAGAGGGCAGUCAGUGGCGCUCGUCGGGCACUCAGGCUGUGGCAAGUCUACCAUCAUUCAGCUCUUAUCCAGAUACUAUGACGUCAUCGACGGAAGCGUGCGUGUGGACGGACAUGACGUACGAGAGUUGUCAGUGCAAUGGCUGCGUGCGCAGAUCGGGCUGGUGGGGCAAGAACCUGUGCUAUUCAACACGACCGUCCGCGAGAACAUCCGCUACGGCCGAGAGGACGCCUCCGACGCCGAUAUAGAGGCUGCCGCAAAGCAGGCCAACGCGCACCAGUUUAUAAUUAAGCUCCCCAAGGGCUACGACACGCUGGUCGGAGAACGCGGUGCUUCAAUGUCAGGUGGACAAAAGCAGCGUAUUGCCAUCGCCCGCGCUCUGGUGCGAAACCCUAGCAUCUUGUUGUUGGAUGAGGCCACCAGCGCUCUUGACACUUCGUCAGAAGCGAAAGUACAAAAGGCACUCGAUAAGGCCCAGGAAGGACGUACCACAAUUGUAGUAGCACACAGAUUGUCAACAAUAAGGAACGCUGAUGUAAUAUAUGUGUUUAAGAGCGGAGUGGUCGUAGAGACAGGAAAUCAUGACGAGCUAAUGAGAAUCAAAGGACAUUAUUAUGACAUGGUUAUGCUGCAAACAUUCCCAGGCGCUGAAGAAUCAGUCUGUAAUUUUCUAGGUGAUAAGCGGCCAUCAUUAACUCGAGAGAUUUCAGUCAGAAGUGAAAAGGAUGAGGACGAUUUUAUUCCAAUGAAUACUGAGGUUUCUGACGCUAAAGAUGUAGCCAAUGACGUUUCAUUCUUGCAAGUCCUCAAGCUAAACAAGCCAGAAUGGAAAUCCAUCACUGCUGCCAGUCUCUGUUCUCUGAUAAGCGGAUUUGCGAUGCCAAUGCUUGCUAUUAUUUUAGGAGAUUUUAUUGGGAUUCUAUCCCAUCCAGAUCCGGAUGUAGUCCAGGCAGAAGUCCAAAGAUAUGCACUUAUUUUCGUAGGAAUUGGUAUCUUCUCGGGAAUUGCGAAUUUUAUACAAGUAUUCUUGUACGGCGUAGCGGGAGAACACCUGACUGAGCGGCUCCGUCGUAUGCUGUUUGGAAAGCUGUUGCAGCAAGAAAUUGCGUUUUACGACGACAAGGACAACUCCACGGGCGCUCUCUGCGCUCGCCUGGCUGGCGAGGCAGCUUCAGUGCAAGGAGCCACGGGCCAAAGAAUUGGCACAGUCCUAUCGGCCAUUGGUACCUUUGGGUUCGCUCUAGUCCUUUCUCUCAUAUAUGAAUGGAGGGUUGGAUUAGUCGCGUUAACUUUCGUACCAAUUAUGGUCGCAAUCUUAUAUAAGGAAGGAAGAAUGGUCAGUGCGCAAUCGUUUGGGGCAGCUAAAACCAUGGAAUCCAGUUCUAAGAUAGCUGUAGAAGCAGUUGCAAACGUCCGAACAGUGGCCUCACUUGGUAGAGAAGAACAAUUCGUUACGGAAUACAGUGUCAAGCUAUUGCCCGGCUUAGCCCUCGCUAAGAAAGCCACACACUAUCGUGGCAUCGUAUUUGGUCUAUCCAGAGGACUUUUUAAUUUUGUUUACGCUGCGGCGAUGUAUUAUGGUGGAACUCUCAUCGUAUAUGACCAAAUUAGUUAUGAUGUUGUUUUGAAAUCGGCACAGGCGUUACUCAUGGGGGCGUCCUCGGCGGCACAAGCAUUUGCAUUUGCUCCCAACUUCCAAAAGGGGAUCAAAGCUGCUGGUCGUAUUAUUGUACUGCUGAACAGAGAAUCCAAAAUUAGAGAUCCAGAUCAACCCGCGGUUAAGGAUUUCAAAGGAACUGGCGAAUCCAGCUUGCAAGGAGUAUUUUUCAAAUACCCCACACGGCCUAUGAUAAGCGUGCUCAACGACUUAAACCUUGAAGUAGAAAAAGGCAAGACCGUCGCUUUGGUAGGGGCCAGUGGGUGCGGAAAGAGCACUGUCAUACAACUGCUUGAACGAUACUACGAUCCUGAUGAAGGCUUAGUCGCUCAAGAUGGCGUGCCACUAACAAAAAUUCGUCUUCAUGAAGCCAGAAGGACCGUCGGUUUUGUGCAACAGGAGCCUAUCCUAUUCGACCGCACGAUUGGCGAGAACAUUGCUUACGGAGACAAUGCGCGCAAACCGAGUCAAAACGAAAUCGAAGCCGCUGCUAAACAAGCUAAUAUUCAUAAUUUCAUUACGUCUCUACCAUUGGGUUACGAUACGAAUAUCGGCUCAAAAGGUACUCAACUAUCCGGAGGACAGAAGCAAAGGGUAGCCAUCGCUAGAGCGUUGAUAAGGAAACCACAAAUGCUACUGCUGGAUGAAGCUACCAGCGCACUGGACACGGAGAGUGAGAAGGUGGUACAAGAAGCUCUGGACUUGGCAAAGGCCGGGCGCACGUGCGUGAUGAUCGCGCACCGCCUGAGCACAGUGCGGGACGCCGACACCAUCUGCGUCGUGCACGACGGACGCGUGGCCGAGCGCGGCACGCACCAGGAGCUCAUGGACCUCAGGAAACUGUACUACAACCUCAACCGGCGCGGAUAUUCAUAGAAAAGUCUAAUGGAAGUUUCGUUACAAUGUUGUAAUAAUUGUUUGUGUUUUUUGCCCUUUCUAGUUUUUGGAACAAAAAUUAAACAAUUUGUAACCUGCCGAUUCAGAGCCUACAGGUAAAUUUCUUUUUGGUGUCAGUUCAGUGGUAAUUUUAAAUUAUUAGGUAUUUAUUGCAACUAAAACACUCUGGGCAUCCAGGCAUUGAUGUCUUUAAAAAAUACUAGAAUAUAAUAAGGGACUGAGAUUUUGUUUAAUUGUGAACUUGAAAUAGUGAAUUAGGGAUUAAAUAUAACUUUAUGAGAUUUUGGAUGGUAAAAAAUUUCAUGAUUCUUAAGAUUCAGUCCAAACGAAAGUACUUAGGUAAGUAUUCUAUUUGGGCACAAUUUCAUUCAGUCUUGUUUAUUAAUUUCCAUAUUGAACUAAGUAUUAAUACACUGCAUUUUUUCUACUACUACUGCCACUAUUACUAUUAUAACUACUUCUACUAUAGUGUAGUACUAGCAUACUAUUGGGCGCACAAAACUGCAUGAAAGUUACUAUAUUGUUAACUAAGUACAUACUAAGGUAUUGGGGUGGAUGUACCAGGCCCAAUUUUUAGAGGGACUUUGUACAAUACCAGUACCAGUAUCCACCAGCUUUUACCAUCAAUAAAAUUUGUAAUAAAUGAUACUUAAUUUGAGGUAUAAUUUACAAUUUCAUAAAUUUCCUUUCAAGACUAAAAAACCACAAUAAUAAAAUUGGAAGACUAAGAAAACAAGUUUGAAUUGAUGGACUACUGGUACACUCACCCUACUUAAUUUAUUAUAUUAAAUACUAAGUGAAAAAAUCAACAUGAUUUAUUUUUUUACUUAUUUAUAAUACAGAUUUUACAUUCAAGUAAAAACCUUACCAAAGUCA